AAGUAAAUCCGUCUGUCAGCGAAGUAGAAAUUUUGCAGUCGCGUUUGCUUCGUUGUUCGUGUGCGAAAAUUUAAGUGAAAUGGUUGGCCUUUAAUUGCAGUAAAUGUUAAAAAUUUGUUCUAUUCUAUUCGGACAGUCGAGAACAAGGCUUUUGCAAUGUUUUCAUAGAAUUUCCGUAUUACGAUACUGUGCAUGGGAAGAAAAUUGGUCCGUAAGUGGAAUGUGUGUAAAAAAAUGUCUGGCGAUUGAUUCGACAGCAAGGCCUGCUCCGUUGUUACAGCAAUGGUUGUUUGAAGGUACGACUGUGACCGUGUGAGUGGAACCGAAGAAUAAUGAUAUUUUCACGUCAAAGCUCUGACCGAUAAUAACGUUUGAAACAUCGGAAAAGGGUGCGUAAGACAAUUUAGUUCCGAGCAAAGGAAAUCUUCCGGUAGAGGAAACCCAGUAGCUCCCAGUUGGAAUGCUGGCUAAAAACCGAACCCUCUGGUAUUCCGCAAUCACGACCAGACACUUUGUGUGAGUAGGCCCCUUAUUUUACUCUUUAUUGCCUUUGGUACGGUGUGAAGUAGUGUGUAUCCUCUGUAUUUUAUCUGUGUGCAAUCGCCAUUUUGUGUUCCGUCCGACGAGCAAGUGAAUGAUCCGACGAAAGGGAAGAAAGUUUUCUGUGGUCUUUCCGCGGCCAGUACUGGCCUGAUACACCCCAGAGCACUGGAAGGGUCGCCUGCGGCAAAUGCAGUUGAUUGAAAAGGAACGGAUCCAGUAGGUAUUGUUUUUUCCCUGCACCAUUAGCACUAUGACGGCGGUCGUGUUCUGUGCUGUUGUUAUACAUUAGUGGAACGGUUUAAACGUCACCUUCAGGGGUGCUCCCCGAAAUGCUUGCCGACUGGUCAGUCAACAACGAGCAUCUGCUUCCGGUGACGGGUCAACCAUGGAUCAUGGAAACACGGUUAUUGCUAAUUCACUAACCCUCCCGAAUUAGUUAAAAGGCAUUGUAAAAAUGUACAUCCAGUGGCCAAUCUGGAAACAAUACAGCACCCACUGCAGGGGAAACGGCAAGGUGGAACGUGCAACCAGCGUGGUUUCAGAACAAAAAUAGUAAUGUGGUGGCACCGAAUGGUCUAAUCAGUUAGCAAACAAAUGACAAUAAUAUAAUAUAGUAGCGAGUUCGCGCUAUAGGCUUCAGCGUGUAUCACUCAAUCGUUCAAUCAUUCGAGCGCAGCAGCGGAGAAAACAUAAACAACGUUGGCAAAAGGAAAUCGAAUACAAAGUAGAAGAAACGAAAUAAAAAUCACCAACGAUAGUGUGACAGUGCUGUGCAUAGUACAUGUUCAAAUAAAGAAGUAAUAGUCAAAACGUGACGCUAAAGUGUGUGAUAAUAGUCUACCCGCGUGAGUGUAUAUUCCGUUCUGUUCCCUUACUUGCAUCUGCUACUGCCACUACUGUGUCGGUAGUAUGCCUAUAAUGAGGCCGGGAAGUCUUAAGGAUCCCGAGAUAGCUGAACUGUUCAACAAACAUGACCCGGAGAAGAUAUUCGAAGAUUUACGCGAGAUCGGUCAUGGAUCGUUUGGUGCGGUUUACUAUGCCAAGUGCAACCUUACGCGGGAAAUCGUCGCGAUCAAGAAAAUGUCCUAUAUGGGCAAGCAAAGUAUGGAAAAGUGGCAGGAUAUCCUAAAGGAAAUCCGCUUCCUUCGGCAACUGAACCAUCCCAAUACGAUCGAGUACAAAGGCUGCUAUCUGCAUGAGAAUACCGCUUGGCUGGUGAUGGAGUAUUGCGUCGGUUCGGCAUCCGAUAUCAUAGAGGUUCACAAGCGGCCUCUCAAGGAGGACGAAAUCUCCGCUAUAUGUGAUGGCGUGCUACGCGGGCUGAGCUAUCUACAUAGCUUGGGACGGAUUCACCGUGACAUCAAAGCUGGCAACAUCCUGCUGACCGAACAGGGUAUCGUCAAGCUGGCUGAUUUUGGUAGCGCUGCCAUCAAAUGUCCUGCCAACAGUUUUGUUGGUACACCCUACUGGAUGGCACCGGAGGUAAUUCUGGCGAUGGACGAAGGUCAGUACGAUGGGAAAGUCGACGUAUGGUCACUGGGAAUUACCUGCAUUGAAUUGGCUGAACGGAAACCUCCGUAUUUCAAUAUGAAUGCAAUGUCGGCGUUAUAUCAUAUUGCGCAGAAUGAGGCGCCCACGUUGCAGGCUCCGGAUUGGUCCGACGUGUUCCGAAGUUUCGUCGAUUUUUGUUUGAAAAAGUUUCCAGUGGACCGGCCCAAUUCUAGUAAACUAUUAACUCAUUCCUUCGUGACGAGAAUACGAUCACCGAAUGUGCUGAUUGAUUUAAUAGCAAGAACGAAAGCUGCCGUUAGGGAAUUGGAUAAUUUGAACUAUAGGAAGAUGAAAAAAAUACUGAUGGUGGAUUCCUGUGAGACAGAGAGCAAUGUAGGAGAUGCUGAAGAUACACCAGAUGAGCAAAUUGGCGGUGAUAGUAGUAAGAGUAACAGUAUAACCUCGGAGCACUCUCUGCAUUCAAUGGAUCAACACGGAGGAGUGAUUCGGAAUGCUUCGAGACAUCGGCUGGUGACCGGUUUGCCACCAUUACACAAUAACAGUAUGAACAAUUCCGGUGGUCGAGAUGGUUUAAUUCCAGCCGAUGGUAUGAGUCGAAUGAGUUUGGGAAUCGUAGGAAGUGGAAGUGGUGGUGGUAUGGGCAGUACCGGUGGCGGCGCUGGUGGGAGCGGCUCUGGAUCUGGUAGCAUGGGUGCUAGUAUUGGUUAUCAAAAUUCGUCAUCUAGUCCAGUAGUACCUCAUCACCAUCCGCAUCAUAAUCAUGUGUCGCAAGCAGUAGCUGAGCAUGGUGCCAACAACUUUGCUACGAUCAGGACUACCAGUAUUGUGACGAAGCAGCAAAAGGAACAUAUGCAGGAGGAGAUGCAUGAACAAAUGUCCGGCUACAAGCGAAUGCGCCGAGAGCACCAGGCAGCCUUAGUGAAGCAAGAAGAAAAGUGCAAGGUGGAAAUGGAGCAGCAUAAAGGGGCUCUAGACAAGGAAUAUGAUCUGCUUUUACAUAAUUUCACGAGAGAGUUAGAUAAAUUAUCGGUAAAACACCAGCAGGAAAUCGAGCGCAGGAUGAAACAGAACAAUGUUGCCGAAAAGAAACUAUACAAGGAGAUAUCAACCAGGCAGGAAGGUGACCGUAAAGCAUUUGAGCUACAUAAAAAGAAGGAAUAUAAAGCUAACAAGGAGCGCUGGAAGCGUGAGCUUUCGAUGGACGAUUCUACUCCGAAGCGGCAGCGCGAUGCUACUUUGCAGUCACAAAAGGAUAACCUCAAGCAGGCAGAAGCUCAAGAAGAGCAGCGAAUGUUACGGGUACAGAAAAACUACAUCGAGCUGGAGAUGCGCAAGUUCCGAAGGAAAAAGAUGAUGCUUUUGCAUGAGCUUGAAAAUCAGUUGCUCAGGGAUGAAUUGAGCAAGAAACAGCAGCAGCUUGAACAAGCGCAUGGAAUGCUUAUCAAACACCACGAAAAGACUCAGGACUUAGAAUAUCGACAGCAGAAGAGUGUUCAUGCUCUCCGUGAGGAGCAAAUAUCAAAACAACACGAAAGCGAAUUGCGUAACCAGAAGGAGUAUAUGGACCGGGCCGAACGAGAACUGCUGAGAAAGCAUGCGCUGGAACUUAAACAGCAACCGAAAAGUCUGAAGCAAAAAGAACUCCAGAUACGCAAACAAUUCCGGGAAACAUGUAAAACUCAAACGCGCCAGUACAAGGCGCUGAAAGCUCAAAUCCUGCAGACAACACCUAAGGAGGAACAAAAAGCUGUGAUAAAGAAACUAAAAGAAGAGCAACAUCGUAAGUUAACGUUAUUAGGCGAUCAGUAUGAACAAAGUAUUGCUGAUAUGCUGCAGAAGCAGAGUUUACGACUAGAUGAGAGUCAGGAGGUCGAAUGCCAUCAGCUGAAGGAUAGGCUACAGUACGAGCUGGACAUUUUGACGGCGUAUCAGAGCAAAAACCGUAUGCAAGCGCAAGCUCAGCGGGAUCGCGAACGGAAGGAACUCGAGGAUCGAGUGAGCGUACGGCGAGCUCUGCUGGAGAGUAAGAUGGAAACCGAACUCCAGCAAUUCAACCAGGAGCGUGCGGAACGGAUACGGCUGCUCCGAGAGCGACAUGAAAAACAGCAGGAAGCUUUCGAUGAAGAAUCAGCUCGAAUGAAUUUUAGUGCACUAGCGCUUGCCGAAGCCUCAAAGGAAACGUACCCGGACGAAGAGGGCAGCUUAUCUGGGUCGAUGUUGAGCCUGGCGCAUAGUAACAGCUCUACUAGUUUUCCUGCGGGCUCACUAUAGCAUAAAUCCAGGGGGACGAACAGUUUGUCGAGUCAUAAUUCUAUGUAGUGAGAUUCGCUAAUUUAUGUACACGGGAUGAAGGUUGGACAGUCUUUCGGCGCGCGAGAAAACGUCGAGCGUAAGAUAUAGGCAGGAAUCAGUGUGAUUUAUUUUUCUACUUGCGUACUGGGAGAUGCAGUAAAAGUUGAUGGAUGCACUGUCGGGAUCACGUAAGACACAGACGCGCGCGUGCUUCUGCACCCAGCGGAGGUACAAUCUGUUUCAUCCAACUACAUUUUUACAGGAUGCAAGAAAAAAGAGAGUUUAGUUUUUGUUUUGUACUAUAUUUUUUAAUUGAUUGUUAUGUACUCCGUGUGGAUGUAAGUUGAAAUGCCAUUGGUUGCAAUCUGUUCUGCAAAUUUUGACGAAAACUUAUUAACUCUGGUAGUAAACACUCAAUAUAAGAUAGGAAUAUUCCUCCAAAAUUCUAGUCAAAUUGCUUGUUUUUGCUGGCGUAAUUCAGUGUGUCUUCGAUGCUGAAUAGGCUAAUGCACUCGUUUCGCUUAUUUCCGAUGGUUCCGAGAUAAUACUCAUUGAAUUCGAAUGAUUCCUAGUUUCUAAGACGUUUAAAAGUAUUGCGUUUCCACAUGUAAAUAGACCUACGGACAUCUAUUUGAACCAAACUUAGUUCUACGUUUGAAAAAAGAGAGUGCAUCGGGAAAGCAAAGAUGCGUUAUCCGUUGAUUCGGCAUUGAUAAAACAUUGGCGAGAAAAAUCUUAAACGAAUAGUAGUAAUCUACCUAAAACUGUGCACAGUAAAACGCCCGUGUCCCGACGCAACCAUCAGUUUAUAUGUAUUUCCUCUAUCUGCGUACCACUGGUUGAGAAACACAGGACAGUAGCAUAUGCGUUGGGAUUGCCAAGCAUUCACGAAAAAAAAAUGUUAACUAAAAUCUAUUGCUUAAUUUUAUUCUCUUUAGUAAUUGAAUGUGAUGACUAGAUUUACAACGGUAGGAAAAAAUAAUUGUUAAAUUCCAAAAUUUCCAAACAAAUCUUUUAAAAACAGUUUGCUUUAGAACACUCUGCCCAGCGAUUUAUUUAGUCCUUUUCGAAUGAAUGCUUUGCCACACUGCACGCAAAUGUUCGCUGCGCACCAGCAGUGUGACUGGCGGGCAGAUUUCUGACCUUAUUGUUCGAUAUCUGGGCGCCCUAGAGAAGCAUGACCUAAGGAUAUGUGUGUUAAAAACAGCAGUGACAUUGUUUCUAUACUUUAUGAAUAAUACUACUUAGCUUAUACCAUACUUGACGCAUAUAAGUAAACUGUGUAGAAACUAGUAGUCGGAAAAAAGAAAGCUUUGUUCUUUGUUUUAUAGUUUUAUAAUUUAACUAGUGUCUAUGGAAAGAGUAAAUUGAAUUAAUGAAAGCAGUUACUGCAAAAGAAUGAUUCAUUGUCAUCUGCGCAGAAUCGAACGCAGAUGUUUGAACCACACAUACACACAUAGGCAUACAUCAGUUACAAUGGUAUAGAACCUAAAAUUAUUUAUAUUUGUAUACAGUAUGUUUAGUAGUUCAUUAUUUCCGCUCUAUAGUUUCAGCGUGUUUUGUACAUUGUUUAGUUUAAUUAUGUAAAAAAAAAUGAAAAACUCUAAUUUUUUACCAUAUAGAACAUACGAUGCUGCUUCAGAAAACAGAAAGAAUCGUUGUAUUGGAAACAACUGCAAUUAGUUAUAUUAUGUUUUAGUUAUAAAACAAUUCAAGUAAAAUCAAUGUAAAAUAUAAUGCAUUGCAGUUUUCUCACAAUUACUAAAGUAACAACUAGAUAAACUAAUUUAAUUGAAUCAAACCGAAAAGUAUAUUCAAAAAGAAUAAAUUACAACACUCUUAGAAACGAAGGAAAACUGGAAACUAAAAUUAUUGCUGCUAGGGCUUUUUUACCUUAAUGACAGUGCAUAUUAAACAAAAUAAAAUUAAAAAACAAACACAGCCUGAUCGAAAAGUUUGAAUAAAGGUUGAGUGCGUAGGAUUGAAAGAAUGCGACAGAAUGUGCAAUGCAAAAGUUGUGUUGUUGAGAUGAAAACUUUUUAAAAGAAAGAAGAAAAAACCAACAGAUUUGUUUCGUUAUGAAACAGCGAACCAUGAUUAACAUUACACUCACUCUAAGCAUAGCGCAAAACAUUUUUCCAACACAAUGAAAAAAAAAAGAAGAGAUAAGCUAAGAAGAAACGAGAACUAUUAAAAUAGUGAACACUAAAAUUCGAAGGUUAAAAAAAUUUGGGUCUUCGCAUUACACAAUAGAUAUGACGCGCACUCCGAACGAUGUUUCCAAUCCUUCGGGGGUAGCAUCACCUAUACUCGUACCCACAUACACGCAUACCAUGCAAUGCAAACAAAUUACAACAUAACGCAAGACUAAUAAAUGUUUAGGAGCAAUUGCUAGAAAUGAGUCGAAAACUCGUGAUGUGUGUUUAAGUGCAGCAAAACGAAAAAAAAACUGCGACAAACAAGUAAGGGAAUUAUAAUGUGAAGCCAGCUGAUUCUGAUAGAAAGGAGAUAAUAAUAAUAAAAAACACUAAACCAAUUGAAUAAUCUAGAAAUGAUAUUAUACAAA